UUCAAUCAACAUCUUAAUUACUUGUAGAUGUUAAUGUACCUUAUGAGGAGAUAGAUGAUGGAGAAAUAUCCAGCAGUGAGGAGCUUAUUGAACAUACAGAGUCUAGUGAGGAGGAUCUCCAAAAUGUUAAUGAUUAAAAUUGUUAUAUAUCCAGAUUAAGCAUUGUUCAGUUAAAUUUUAGAUCUAAAUAUUCAUAGUUAUAUCACUUGUCUUACUCUAUUAGUCAUUAUUAUUUGUUUGAUUAAACCUAGUGUGCAUGCGUAUGUGUUAUAAUGUAAUUCUGCAGAUAUAGACAUGUCUGAUGCUGGUGGCCAGAUUGUUCUACGGAUUAUCGGGGGUUGUUUUACCCCAGAUGGUCAUAGAGUAGCUGCAUACAUCACCUCGAAAUUUAAAGAGCGAUUUAGUCCCGCUGGUACUACAUGGAAGCGGGUAGACCCAGAUAUGAAGCAAUUUUAUUACGAUGAGUUUUUGAAAAGAUAUACUUGGGAGACAGAGCACGAGGCAGAAUUUUAUGCUACCUGGAACGCAGCUUGUGCCAAACUAUACAAAGACAUGCUAUAUAAAGCAAGACAAAAGGGAAUAAAACCAUCCUAUGCACCUGAGAACAUUUGGGAUGCAUGGCGAGCCAUUUGGGCUGCAGACAAAUGGAACGUUGAUGUCUAUACAACACCAUCAUCAUAUAACCAAACUAGCUUUCAGGAUUGA